AUGCCUCGGAAUAGUGGAGCUAAGGAAAACAAAUAUGGAAAUCGGAAAUCGAAUCUUUUUUCGGGUACAUGGAACGUUCGCACAUUAUUUCAUACUGGAGCAACGCAUAUUAUAACACGUGAAGUAGAGAGGUAUGGAUUUAUAAUUGUGGCUACUCAAGAAACUAGAUGGCAAGAAAUAGGGUCCCUAGAGAUAAAUAAUCAUACAAUUUUCUUUAAAAAAUGUGAUGAUCGACGUCAAUUUGGUACUGGUUUCAUAGUCCACAAGUCCUUUGUACCAGCUGUGAAGGAAUUUAAGUCAGUUAACCCGAAAAUAUCAAUGAUAACAAUCAAAGCACAUUAGUUGGAUAUAAUUUUGGUCAAUGUUCACGCCCCCACCGAUGAAUAAACUCAAAAAAAAAAAAAAGACAAUUUCUGUAGUGAAUUGGAAAAUGUAAUGUACCUAAUAAUAGGAAACAGAUUAUCAUAGGAGAUUUAAACGCAAAGAUUGGAAAAAAAGUAAUAUUUGAGCCUAUCAUUAGACACCACAGUUUACAUGAAGUCACUAACGAUAAUGGCCUUAAUGUGAUAGAUUUUGCAACUAGUAGAGGCUUAGUGAUAAAGAGUACAAUAAAAAUAUCCAUAAGAGAACAUAGAAAUCACCAGAUGGAAACCAUAUUAAUCAAAUUGAUCAUGUAUUGAUUGAUAAUAGAUUUAAAAACUGCAUUACAGACGUGGAAACUAUGCGAGAGACUGACUGCGACUCGGAUCGUUAUUUGAUUGAGGCCACCCUCAAGAAUACAGAAAUUAAGGUGAAAGUGGCAUCAAAAGCGUCAAGCCCAGUUAAAGUAACCACCGGCAUAAUGCAAGGAGACGUUCUAUCUCCAAUACUAUUCAAUUUAGUAUUGGAGAAAGUAAUCAGAAGAAUUAAUAUCAGUGUUGAUGGUGCAACAGUACUACAAAAUUCAAACAUAAAUCUCCUUGCCUACGCGGAUGAUAUAGUAUUAUUAUAA